AUUAGUUUAUGGUAGUUUUAUGGUUACUGCCUGACCCACAGAUAUAUUUCCUCUCUACCUACGCUUCUACCGUUAUUCCUAUGAACUUAACCCGUUAGAACUACCUGGUCAUGUACCACUUCCACUCAGACGAUCUCUAGUCUCUCAUUAAUCCGCAUUAACUAAACCAGAACCACUAAAUAUUGUUUAAUAUAAUGGUUUCUCAUUUAGGCACAAGAUCAAUAAUUUUGAGGGGAUAGCGAUGAGUCGGUUGCAUUGACCACAGUAUUUAUAUGGUAUUUUAUUCUGUCGACCCCGAAAGGAUGACAGGCAAAAAUGAUCUUGGCGUGAUUUGAAUUCAGAACGUAUAAAGACAGAACAAUUACUAUAAGGAAUUUAUUCCGAUGUUCUAAUGGUAAUAUAACUCGUAAAACAUAUGUAAAUUAGUUUGUACAAAUAGGGUGCGCACUAACAUUUGUACAAAUAGGUUUUCUAUAACAUAAGCCAGACUAUAACGUUAAACAGUCUCGGUCGAAAUCUCGUCCACUACUUUUAUUCAUACACCCUAUUCUCCCUCUAACUAAAAAAUGUCUCAAUUCCAAAUUAAAACUGAACGAAAUUGUUUUCUAGGAAAUAAUUGUGGAUUGGAGGAGAGGAAGGUUAGCGAGCGUAUAAAAGGCGCACUAAAGUAUACAUUGAAAUUAAAACGAGCAAGCAGCUACACUUUAAAAAUCAUAAUCCUUUUCAUGAAAGAAAAAGUUCAUUGAAACAGAGAGAUGAUAUCCAGAACAUUUUUUUUCCUUUUCUUAAUUAUAUUAACAGUGAAAAGUGAAAAUAAUACGUUUGGAAAUGUUAUGAAAACGAUUGUGUCGGAAUACAGUAAUUCGACGUCAACUGACAACAACUAUGCUGCGUGGUUUUUUGAACAAAUGAUAAAGCUUCUAAACUGCGGUCCUUUACCGAAAUUAAACAACAGUCAAAUACAAUAUACUUUGAAAUGGGAAGAGGAAAAAAUACACCUGCAACAAAGGUGCAACCGCUAUUAUGAAGCAAGCGUAGAGAAUACAGCCGAUAUUAUUUGUUGGAAUGGUAAAUGGAUGUAUGAAGAUAGAAAAUGUAAGUUAAUAACUUGCCCGAUUUUUCCUAAACCUGCAAACAGUUUCAUGAUAAAUGUUGCAUACACAUAUAACUCUGUUAUUCGCUUUUCCUGUGUUUCUGAUUAUAUUUUGCGAGGAAACAAUACAAUACGUUGUCAAGAAAAUAAACAGUGGUCGUCUCUACCACCAAUCUGUGAAAUUGUUAAAUGUCUCCCACCGCAUCCACCCAAACAUGGCAAGGUAAACAAUACAAAUGAAGUUGAAAUUAACGAAACAAUUCACUACAGUUGCUUAAAACCUUAUAAUCUGAAAGGUGAAUCUGUAUUAACUUGUCUUCAAGGCGGUAGCUGGAGCUUUCCGGCACCUGUCUGCAUUUUGAAAUGUGUUGUACCUGAAAUUGCUGGCAGAGUUGUGACUAUUUCUGAAGGUACAAUUUUAAAACCAAGAACCUUAAUCAACCAAGGAGAGAAAGUGUUAUAUUCGUGCAAACGAUCCUUCAUUCCUGUCGCAUUUGGUGUCGUUCAAUGCUUGUUAGGUAAAUGGUAUCCAGACAUACUUUGCAGAAAAACGUGCAAAAUUGAGAAACUACAUGGAUUAAAUUAUAUUUUGUCACAUAAUUUUUCAGUUAUUGAAUAUAGCUGUUCAGCAGGAGAAACAUUGUUGGGAGAUUCUAAAAGGACCUGUUUAGAAAAUGGAACGUGGAGUGGAAAACUUCCACAGUGUGUAAAGUACUGUCAAUUGUUACCCGUGUUUGGCAUAUACAGCUACCGAAAUUCAGACACUUUGCAAUAUCUUCCAUUUGGCAGCACAGUCUUAGAAAAUACGAAUAUUAUGUAUUCAUGUGAACUUCCUUAUGUGAAGAGCUCAAGUAAGAAUGUGAUGUGUCGUAAUGGCAUUUUGACCCCCAAACCACGCUGUUCAUUUAGAGAUAUUCAGUUGAUAAAUUCUGAAGUCAGUUUUACUCAUUUAUCGUCAAACUAUUAUGUUUGUAAAACAAAAUACACUUGCGAAUUUUUUGGUUACAGACGGAAAUCAUGCAACUAUAAUAAGUGUCAAUAUUAUGCAAACGCUCGAUGUGUCCAACUAGGCUUUAACAAUGCAACAUCAGAAAUGUAUAUUAGUGCAAAUACUACUAAUUGUUGUGCUAUGCAAUGUUAUGAUUAAUGUACAUAAAAUUUAUGUUUGUUCUUGCUUGCAAUCUUUACAUUCAGUUAUGACAUCGCAUAACAUUCAGUUAUGACAACGUAAUGGAAGUCGUUGUACUUACGCAUAUGUGCUUGUUCCUGACAUUUAUCGUAAUAUAUAUAAUUGGAAACAGACGUAAAAUUUAAAUUCGCCUUAUAAACCGGCCUUUCAGUCAAAAUGUACACAUCAGUAAACUGAGAAGACAUUUUUAACAACUUAAAAUUGCAUUCGUUGUGGCACUCAAAUAUCACGGGGAUCUUUGGUACUAAUUUCUAUUUAUCAUAUCCCAGGAUGGUAUGUUUUCAAGAGAAAGUAUUUGAACUUGACCGUCAAUUCCAAGAUCAGUGUAGUAUAAUUCAUAUGAGUUUUAUAUUUGUUAUUGGCGCUCUCUUUGCCACUUCCCCUCUCUCAUUGCUGAGUGCUUUCAUGUGUUUACACAAAUAGAUUAUUAUAAUAUUAUUUGGCCCCGUGCCGACAAAAAUGACGGCUAACUGGGUAAUUUUUCAGAGUAACACCUGCACAAUUUUCGCAAAGAAAAAAAAAAAAACUCGGAUUUUUUUGCUUGGAAUCAAGUACACUGUCCUCCUAAUAUGCUGCAAAUCCCUUAUUUUGGUUCGAGAAUAGUUUGUUUAAUAAAAUGGAGAUUAUGAUUUUGAAAAAAAAAAAAUUCCUUUUCCAGUAUUUGAUUUCUUUAUUUUUAAAAUUUCUUUUGUUUUUAUUUAACUUUCCUUCAAAAGAUUUUCUGCUUCAUGUACUAAACAAGCAAGAUUGUGAUUGAG